AUGUUCUGGAAGCUGGCCUUAACCACUAUCUUGGUGUGGACCCUCUGUGUUGCCACGGAAACAAAAAAGCCACGGCCCCAGAGCGCCAUCCCAUCCCCUUACAAGCUCAAAGGCAAUGAACUGAUGUCAUCACCGGGCUCAUCCUUACCCCUGCAUCUGUUUGUGGGCCAACCCAAAAAAGGAAAGCACGAGGUGUUGUCGUCGAGUCGUGAGGCGCUCGUCGUAACUGAACGACGCUAUCUGAGAAGCGACUGGUGUAAGACGCAACCUUUGAGACAGACAGUAAGCGCAGAUGGCUGCGUUAGCCACACCCUCAUCAAUCGUUUCUGCUAUGGACAGUGCAAUUCGUUCUACAUCCCCCGUCACCUCACCGGCCAAACGACGCGAGGCCGAAAAUCGUCAGCGGCAACAGAGAAAAGAUUGCAGGACACUUCUUUUCAGUCUUGCGCCUUCUGCAGGCCUCAUCGUGUUACCACAGUGACAGUGCGGUUGCACUGUCCCGGUCUGGAGCCUCCGUAUCGUCACCGGAAAGUUCAGCGUGUCAAACAGUGCAGGUGUGUGUCAGUCAGCGUUAAUGACACAGUCUGA